AGUGACGUUGCGCGUGACGCUGUGCCAUCAUCAAACAUGGCCGACCAAAAAAACACAAACAUGGAAGUCGACGAGGAAAAGAACAAACCCGCUGCCCACAAAGUUAAGCCACUCGCGGACGAGCUUGGUAAGAGAACGGGCAACCGCGACGAUGUCGACGGCAAGCAGGGCGCCGGCGAGAGCCGCGCCACGGCGGAGUACUGCGAGAAGCUGCAGGCGUGGAUGUGGCAGUACUACACUGGGUACGUGAACUGGCAGAGCUGGCUGGCGGCGUCGGCCAUGUCCUACCCUCCCCACCUGCAGCCCGGCGGCGGGACGGCGACGUCCCCCCCCCUCGAUUUCCUCUCGCAGCACUGGUACAACAGCCCGUUCGGUCCUCCGCUGUCGCCUUACUCGCCUGCCGUGGGCUCCCCGAGCAGCCGGGGAGGUGAAGCUGCAGGCGGCGCUGCGGUGCCCGGUCAGCCGCCGCCGCAGCCGCCGCCGCCGCCGCAGGAGAACGGACACGCACAGAGACCAGGUCGAGAGUAUGGAAUUCCUUCACCUCUUCAAAGACUCCUGGCUGAGAUGGUGGACUUCUUCAUUUUGUUUUUCAUCAAAGCAACUAUAAUCAUUAGUAUGAUGCACCUGAGUGGAAUCAAGGAUGUGUCCAAGUUCGCAAUGCAUUUCAUCGUGGAAGAAAUAGAUGAGGACACUUCAAUGGAGGAGCUACAGAAAAUGAUGCUUGUUGCACUUGUUUACCGCAUAUUAGUGUGUUUCUAUGAGAUAGUGUGUAUCUGGGGAGCAGGAGGAGCAACUCCAGGGAAGUUUCUCAUUGGACUCAGAGUCGUGACAUGUGACUCGUCGGUUCUGGUUCAGCCUAACCGGGUGCUUGUGGUACCGGCAACGAAUGUCUCUCUGUCUGCAUCAACCGUCCGAGCCUUGAACAAGAACUUUUCAAUUGCCUUCUUUUUCCCGGCCUUCAUCACACUUCUGUUCUUUCAGCACAACCGGACUGUGUAUGAUAUGGUGGCUGGUACAAUUGUUGUCAAGCGCUCCAGGGCCAGAUGACGCUGAAGAGCCCACAAGAGAGUGCCACGGUAACGCUGAGCAGGCAGUGUGUAAUGGUUUUUUGAAAAAAACGCCAGCAGAACUCCUCAGACACGGCCCCUUUCAAGGAGUUGUCUGAACGUGCGUCGGCAUUAAGAUGUUGGCAGAGAGAUUGAUACACAUCAAUAUGAACUGUUUUAGUUCCCUACGACUUGGGUUCGGUUUGUCUCUGACAUUAACUGUAUUUGUGCUUGUUUGCCUCAUGCCACUUUCAGAAUUCAGUUCUUGUGCCAAAUCUACAGCUGAUUUCAGACAUGCACUGAAGUCUGGACAUUUUCUGGAACUUUUCUUGCCAGUCCCCUAGUUCAAUUUCCAGGAAAAGGUCUGAGUGAGCCCAUGUGAGAAUACAGCAGGAAAAUCUCAGCAAAAUCUCUCAGCGAGCGAGCGGGUGUAAGGUCCCGUCUUCUCCAUGCGCCGCCCCUUGUCUGAAUGUUCCAGGAAAUCUCCCUGCCGUUGUUUACGUGUGACCCUGACAAUCUCCUGCCGAGUUCUUUAUACAGUACGUGAACGGCAAACUCCAGUAUAAUGUCCGGACGCGUGUCUGAAAACAGCUUACGUCUCGACUGAAGACAAGAAAAUAACGGUACCUUUUCAUUAACACAAGAUUUGCCUCUUUUUUAAAUCUCAUCUCAUGAUGAGAUUUAAUUUUUUUUUUUUUAAAUACUCUUCCAAACUAAGGUUGAAUGUCUUGUCUCACACAGUAUUUAAGUUUAAUUAUUCAUGCAUACACGAGAUUGUCCCUGCAGUAUAUCUUUGUAUAUAAGAUUUGUAUGCUCAGACUUUGAGUUGUUGACCUCUGUCACUGUAAGAGUGAUGCAUCAAGCUCAGCUUUUCAGCUGCUGUAACUCUCUGGUUUAAAGGCAAAUUUAAAUUUAUUGAAGGGAAAUAUGAACCUCAGCACGACUGCUCUCGACAGCAUGUGUGUGACUGAAAAGUUAAUGUAUUAUAAAUUUUCUAUGCGACACAACACUUUUCUUUUUUUUUCUUUUGCAUUCAACAAGAUUAAACGAAACCACCACUAAUAAA